GCAAACUACCACAUACAUGAUGUUCCGUUUUAGCUGCGUCUGGUGAAUCAAUACUAGCACACACGAAAGGAAUGGAAAUCGCGGAACCUCUUGUGCAAGCUGCCACGCGCCUGGCGGAGAGCUGUACAUUGCUUGCUAUCGGCUACAACCUACGCCAGGCCGGCGUGCUGCGGGCGAGCGAUGGCGAGACCGCGCUCAAAUUGGUGACCACGCUGACGCUGCCGUCAGCCAUCCUCCAGGUCUUGGCCAACGGCCCGCCUCUGGGCGGCGGCACGCUGUCGCUGUUGGGCGUGGCGGCGGUGUGCAUGGGCGCGCAGGUGGCGGCGGCCUGGCUGCACUCGCUGCACCGCUCCAAGCGCGAGCGGGCGGUGCUCGCCGGCGCCUCCACCGGCCUGGCCCUGUCACAGCUGGGCUACCCCCUGGUCGACUGCUUCCUGGGCGCGGGCGGCGGCGCGGCGGGAGCGGGAGUGGGAGCGGGCGUGGGAGCGGGAGCGGCGGCGGCGGCGCUGCAGUGUGUGGCGAUCGUGGAUGUGCUGAACCACGUCGCAGUGUGGCUGGGCUCCUACCUUCUGUCCGCGGGCGCGGGCCCCGCCUUCCCCGACAGCUUCAAGCACGAGGACGGUGGUGACUACCGCGGGCAGUGGCGGGGGCUGAAGAAGGAGGGGCUGGGCGUGUACACCUACGCCAGCGGCGCUCGCUAUGAGGGCGAGUGGCGCAACAACCUCAAGGAGGGCCGCGGCGUCUACUACUUCCCAAAGGGCGGCGUGUACGAGGGCGAGUUCGCAAACGGCCUCAUGAACGGCCUGGGCGUGAGGACACUGAGCAGCGGCCAGGUCAAGUCGGGGCGCUGGCGGGACGGCGCACUGGACAUGCCGCUGGAGCUGUGGCAGGUGGCGUUGGCGGCUGACGGCGCGGCAACAGUGGCGAACGCGGCCCGCAGGGUGGAGGUGGGCGGCGGGCGGCCGCGGGAUGCGCUGCUGCGGCUGGCGGUGCAGCCCACAGCCUGGGCGCUGGCGGCGGGCGUUGCCCUCAACCUGAUGCGGGUGCCGCUGCCUACCUCGUUGCACCUGGUCACGGCCCCCCUAGCCGCCGCCAACACGCCGUUGUCGCUGGUGGCGGCGGGGGCGGUGAUGGCGGCGCCGGUGGCGGCGCUGGCGGCGGCGUGGAACUCUCGGCAGACGGCGCUGAUGCAGCAGCUCCCCGACGUGGCUCGCCUGCUGGGCCCCCGCCUGCUCGUGCCGCUCACAGUGGGCCUGGCGCUGGCAGCCACCCUCGCCCUCACAGCGGCUACUGCCACUGCCACCGCUACUGCUACAGCUGCUGCACCAGCCGCUGCUGUUGCUGCUACAGCCACCGCGGUCGCCGCGGCAGCGGCGGGCGCAGUCGCCGAGGCGGCGGCGGCGGCGGCGCCAGCCGCCGCCGCCGCCGCUGCUACUGCUACAGCCGCCGCUGCUGCUGGGCCGGCGGUGGAGCAGUCGGUGCUACUGCCACUGGCGGCGAUGGUGAUUGCGCUGCUGGCGCCGGUGGCGCCGCAAGGCUUGGAGAACGCGCGUCGGUUCCGCCUGUCGGAGGCUGCUGCCUCCAGCAUCGCAGCCGCCUCCUACACCGUGUGUGUGCCGCUGAUGCUGGCGGCAGGCUUCGCAGCCUGCGCCGCCGGCCUGGCGCCGCCAGUGGAGGCGGCGGCGGCGCCGGCGGCGGCGCUGGCGAGCGCCGCCGCGGUUGCGGACCCACGGCCGCUGGUCGUGUUUACGGCGGCGGCGACGGCGGCGGUGGCGGGCGCCGUACGGCAGGUGCUGCGGGUGGCGGGCGGGGAGGAGGAGGAAGAAGGGGCGGAGGAGGUGGGCGGCGCGGGGCGGGCGGGGGGUGGUGCCGGCGGCGGCGGCGGCGCGGCGGGCAGCCGGGCGGGCGGCGGCACGGCGCCGGCGGGCGACAUGAGCGGCCGCGUGUACAUGGUGUAUGCGGGACCGCCACCGCCGGCGGCGCCGUCGUCACCGGAGACAGCCGGGAGCGGCGGCGGCAGCAGCAGCAGCAGCAGUAGCAGCAGCAAUGGCGGCAACGGCCACGGCAGUAGUGGCGUCAAUGGCAGUAGCAACGGCGGAGGCAACGGCUCGGCGGUCUCGGACUCGGGGGCGGGGGCGGGGGCGGGCGGUCAGCAGCAGGGCGGCCGCACCGGGCCGUCCGCAUCGGCCGGGCCGGGGCCGGGCUCGGCGGGCGGUAGUGGCAGCAGCAGCGGCAGCGGCAGUAGCAGCGGCGGAGCAGGCGGCAGCGAGGGCAGCGGCAGCAGCGGCGGUGGCUCGGAGGGUGGCAGCAGCAGUGGCAGUAGCAGCGGGCGGGCGCGGCCGCCGCCGCCGCGGGCUGUAGCAGGCGGCGGCCAGCAGCCGGAGGGGCCGAUGGGGGCAGCGUCGCGCUGCUGCCACCCGCUAGCGGGGCUGCGGCGAGCCGGCUGUAGCAGCAGCAGCGGCAGUAGCAGCAGCGCCGCCGCUGGCGGCUUUGCCGGCAGUAGCACAAGCGGUGGCGUGGGGGGCUGUAGCAUGCGCGGCGCGGCGCGGUCGGCUUGGGGUACGGGCACGGGAGCGCUGGGGGGGAGAGCGGCGCUGGUGGUGGGGAGAGCGGUGGCGGCGGGGGGCUGUGGGUUGGGGGUGGGGUUGGUGGGCGGCGGCCGCGUGUCGGCUGUAGCAGCUGCAGCUGCAGCGGGUGUGGCAGGCCGCCUGGGGUCACGGCGGCGAGUUGCUGCUAUGGGUUCUCGGCUGCAGGGGCUGGCGGCGUGCUGAGUUACUUAUUUGUCGGAUUUCUUGAAGCGCAGAGGCGAAGCACAGAGGCGACGGAACAAAUAUGUACGCUGGGCCCUGCUGGGCUAGGCACUGGCAGAUGCGGCAUUGGCUUCCAGGAAGCAGCCCUGGUCUACGUAAGCAUUAGUUCCGCAACACUCGUCAAUAACAGCCAGGGCUGUAAUCCGUAACAACA